AUGGUGACUGAGAACGUCACCUCUGUCACAGAGUUCAUCUUGCUGGGACUCUCCAACCACCGCAAGGUACAGGUUCUGCUCUUUGUGAUCAUCCUCGUCAUCUACUCGCUGACCCUUGUGGGUAAUGGAGCUGUCAUCCUUCUGGUGCAGGCUGACCCCCGCCUCCACACCCCCAUGUAUUUCUUCCUCACUCACCUUGCAGGCAUGGAGUUGUGUUAUGUCACCAGCACACUGCCACAGGCGCUGUUCAACCUUCUGUCUGGAAACAAAACCAUCUCCUUCAUAGGCUGUGCCAUUCAGAUGCACUUGAUAUUGACCCUGGGGGGCACGGAGUGUGUCCUGCUGAGUGCCAUGGCCUACGACCGCUACUUGGCCAUCUGCCACCCAUUGCUAUACACAGUCGCCAUGGGUAGGGGGCGCCAAUUGCAGCUUGCUUCGUUCUGCUGGGGAGUGGGCGUUCUCCUCGCUACCAUAAAUGUGAACUGUGCUUUUAGCCAUCCCUUCUGUGGCCCCAACCACAUCAACCACUUUGUCUGUGAGUUGCCGGCGGUGCUGAAACUGGCAUGCGCUGACACCCAUGUUACGGAAAGAGUAGUUUUUGGGACAGCUGCCAUGAUCCUCCUGGGUCCACUGUCUGUUAUUCUGACUUCUUAUGGCCUAAUUCUGUCCUCGGUAUUAAAAAUGAGGACGAAGGCGGGACGGCACAAGGCCUUCUCCACAUGUGCCUCCCACUUGAUCGUGGUGACUGUGUUCUAUGGUACUGUCAUCACUAUGUACAUGAGACCUGGGUUGGGAUCGGGUUCAGAUUUUGACAAAAAAAUUGCCAUCUUUUACAUUGUGGUCACUCCCCUACUUAACCCUAUCAUUUACACCCUGCGGAAUAAAGAUGUCCAUGGAGCGGUAACCAAGGUGCUUCAAAAACAGGGCUUUGAACAAAAAGGUUGA